AUGACCCUGAUCAUACUUGGUCUCACAUUCUUCGCAGUUUUCGCGUUGUACACAGGGAUUGGAUGGGCGCGGAGAUACCAUCGUCGAUCUUCCAAGAUCAAUCCCAUCCCUCCAGAUGAAAAGAUUACCUCCUCACCCGAAAUCAUCGAGCCUCUAACCCCCUUCGACUGGCGAACCACCGAACCAGAGAAGCACCGCCCCUACAAGUCCAAAUACAACCUCACCAUGUCCAUUGAAAAAACCACCCUCUCGGACCUCCUCGCCAUCGACAAAACCUAUCUCGACCGAAUCACCCUCCGCCGACAGAUCAUGGCCGACCACGAGGAAACCGUCCUCGCGGCGAACGACGACAUCACUCGCCCUGCUAUCCAGGAAUUCUACGUCUGGAUGGUAGGCACCUACCUCCCGGGCCGAUAUCCAGACCUCUUCGUCCUCACCACCUCAGAACCAAACACCACCGCUACUUAUCUAAACAGCAAAGUCACCGGGGAAUCCUACCCCCUUUCCCUCCCGGCGUCAACCCGGGGAAUUGAAAUCCUUCGUCACCUCGGGGGUCUCGUCGAAGACGAUGUCCUGUUCCUGCUGCCCUCUUCCGACGGAGAUGGAUACGCGCUGCAGGCGUUCGUGACCUGUUUCCCGAAUGGGUUUGAUACGCGCAAGAAACUGGGGUUGAAGUUAAGAGACAUUCAUAUUCCCGUUCCUGGGUAUAAGGAGAAGUUGGAGAAGAGCAUGGAUCGGUGGUUUGAUCGGUUGGAGGUCGGGACGGUGGUGAGGAGGUUUAAUUGGACCGUCCAACCACAUAAUCGUCUCUUCGCUUCCUCGGGAAAUCAUCUCUACGAGGGCGACGAGGUGCAGCAUAUUGAGGCGGAUAUUGAUCAGACUUUCGUACGCACUGAACGCCAAUUUGUUCACCGCCUCCCCCACAGCAAAGCCAUCUGCUUCUCCUUCAAGACCUAUCUCUAUCCCAUCCGGGACAUCAAGGCUGAGGGACUGGGCGAGACGCUGGCGCAGGCGAUUGACGGGCUGCGAGGGGGAAAUGUGCCGGGGAUGUAUUACUACAAGAGGGCGGCGGUGUGGGGGGAUUCGGUGAAGAAGUAUUUGAGGUCAUAA